CCAGACUUACGGAUUGUUGGAGCAGCACAGAAAAGAAAUAAAUCUUUUGGGUAAAAUUUCAUUGAUCAAUUAAUAUUUUAUGGUGGGAGUGUGUGAGUGAAUGGCAUUCAACCGUGAUAAUGCAAUCUCUGACGCGAAAAAAGAACUAAGCGAUACAAAAGUGUAUAAAACUUAUAACCUUUACAUAAAAUAUCCCGUUUUCCUCCCAUCUGUUUUGUUAGAAUUUUCUUGCUCUCAUUCAUAAGAAGCGUUUUUUUAAAAGAAAAAGUGACAAUUUUAUAUAAUUUUUUGAGUAAGUGUUUCGGUGCCAAAUGAAUAAAGUGAUAAAAAUAAAUCGAUGUCAUUUUGCAGUUUGUGCAAUUUCAUUGGCUUGCAUUUCGUAUUUUGAUAUUGGUUGCGAAGAUAGAGAGAAAGAGAAUGAAAAUACCCAAUCAGAAAUUCAGUGAUUCAUUUCAUAUACACAAUUCAUUUAUGCUGAAUGUGUGGUUUUGAUGUCGUCUAUUCGAUAAUGAGCAUUGAUUGUCAGGUUGUUACUCUUGCAACCAAAACUGAAAUCCCUGUUGAUCGCAAUGGUUUAUUCCGUUCCAUUUCGUCAAUACAGAAAAAGAAGAGAAAAAAAAACAAUAUGAAAAAGAGUAUCACUCAUGUGUUUUUUGUAAUUCGACAAUUUGAUAACGCGCUUUAAUCGUUCGAUUCACACAUGUAAAUUUUUCUAUAAAUUGUUUGCUUUUCAUUCAUUUUACAUCUGCCCAUUGUUUUGAUCAUUGGAAAAACACAUACGGCCGCUUCAUUUCAUAUUGUAUUGGCAUAUAGGCCCUGUGUCGUGAUGAUGUCGUGCCGCCAACACUUAAUACAGAAACAAGAGAGAAAAAGAAUAUAAUAAUGUAUAAAGGCCCCAUUGAAUUUUGUUUGUGAUUUUCGCCAGUCGGAUCGCGAGUGCGCCUUGUACAUGUGAACACGAGAGAUAUCAAAACGAGCUAGAUGCAUUGGUGUUGGUAUGCGCAGAACUGGAUAGUGUCUAACAAAACUGUCUUUUGAGUCAGUCAUUAGUUGCCAGUACUGAAGUGGUGUGAUUCACGGAGAAAAUUCGAAGAAAGUUUGACAACACAACGUAACGAGAAGAAAGGAGAAAAAAAAACACCGAUUCGCACUUGGUUUGCGGUGAAGAACAGUAAAAACAUCAACUAUGGGGUCACUAUUUCGCAGUGAAGAAAUGACAUUGUGUCAGCUCUUUUUGCAAAGUGAAGCGGCUUAUGCAUGCGUCUCAGAGCUGGGAGAACUGGGUCUGGUUCAAUUUCGUGAUUUAAAUCCGGAUGUGAAUGCGUUUCAACGUAAAUUCGUGAAUGAAGUGCGCCGUUGCGAUGAGAUGGAACGAAAAUUGCGAUAUUUGGAAAAGGAAAUCAAAAAGGAUGGCAUACCAAUGGCAAAUUCGGAUGAAAGUCCCGAAGCACCGCAACCACGUGAAAUGAUUGAUUUAGAGGCAACAUUCGAGAAACUGGAGAAUGAAUUGCGUGAGGUCAACCAGAAUGCCGAAGCACUGAAGCGUAACUACCUGGAAUUGACUGAGUUAAAACAUAUACUCCGUAAAACUCAAGUAUUCUUCGAUGAGCAAGAAGGUGGUUUUGGUGCCACUGAAUCAAUGACGAGAGCAUUAAUUACCGACGAAUCCAGAGCUGCACAUUCAAUGGGACCCGUUCAGCUUGGCUUCGUUGCUGGAGUUAUUUUACGUGAACGUUUGCCAGCCUUUGAACGGAUGUUGUGGCGUGCCUGCCGUGGUAACGUGUUUUUGCGUCAGGCUAUGAUUGAACAACCAUUGGAAGAUCCAUCAAAUGGUGACAAUGUCUACAAAUCGGUGUUCAUCAUCUUUUUCCAAGGAGAUCAAUUGAAAACUCGCGUGAAGAAAAUUUGCGAAGGUUUCCGCGCAACAUUGUAUCCAUGUCCAGAAGCGCCGGCCGAUCGCCGUGAAAUGGCCAUGGGUGUUAUGACACGUAUCGAAGAUUUGAACACGGUUUUGGGCCAAACGCAAGACCAUCGUCGUCGUGUUUUGGUUGCGGCCGCCAAAAAGCUAAAAGAUUGGUUUGUUAAAGUUCGCAAAAUAAAGGCCAUCUACCAUACAUUGAACCUCUUCAAUUUGGAUGUCACACAAAAGUGUUUGAUUGCCGAAUGCUGGGUUCCAUUACUCGAUACGGAAACCAUUCAAUUGGCAUUGCGUCGUGGAACGGAGCGGUCCGGUUCAUCAGUACCACCGAUCUUAAAUCGAAUGCAAACAUUCGAAAAUCCACCGACUUAUAACCGCACGAACAAAUUCACAAAAGCAUUUCAAGUUCUGAUCGAUUCCUAUGGUGUGGCUAGUUACCGUGAAAUGAAUCCGGCACCGUAUACCAUUAUCACUUUCCCCUUCUUGUUUGCCGUGAUGUUUGGUGAUUUGGGACAUGGAACUAUAAUGGCUCUAUUCGGACUGUGGAUGAUUUUGAAGGAAAAACCUUUGGCCGCACAAAAGAGUGAUAACGAGAUCUGGAACAUUUUCUUUGGCGGUCGAUACAUUAUCUUUUUGAUGGGUGUGUUUUCGAUGUACACGGGUCUGAUUUACAAUGACAUCUUCUCAAAAUCGCUGAAUAUAUUCGGUUCGAAUUGGGAAGUAAACUACAAUACGUCCACGAUAAUGUCAAACGAAGGUCUACAAUUGGAUCCAAAGACGAGUUUCACGAAUUCGUCGUAUCCGUUCGGAAUGGAUCCGAUUUGGCAAGUGGCACGCAGCAAUAAAAUCAUUUUCCACAAUGGUUACAAAAUGAAGAUAUCCAUCAUUUUCGGUGUGCUACACAUGAUGUUUGGUGUGAUCAUGAGUCUACGUAACUAUCGUUACUUCAACGAUCAUUUGUCGGUCAUCACCGCAUUUGCGCCACAAAUCAUCUUUUUGGUUACGUUGUUUUUCUAUUUGGCAUUUUUGAUGUUCAUCAAAUGGUUCAAAUUUGCAGCGGCUAAUGCACAUCCAUGGAGCAGUGAUUGUGCCCCAUCGAUUCUCAUUACCUUUAUUAAUAUGGUUCUAUUCAAAAAUCCACCAUAUCCGGAAAAAGAAGAAGAUUGCAGUCCAUAUAUGUUCUGGGGCCAACGUGGUCUGCAGCAAUUGCUUGUCUUGGUUGCACUUGCGUGCAUACCAUGGAUGUUGCUAUCAAAGCCCAUUCACAUCAUGAGAAGCCGAAAAGAGGCUGCGCAUCAUCCAAUCGAUCGUCAACCAGUUGGCAAUGGAGAUGCUGAAGGCGGUUUGAACGCCGAUGGUGCUGUUCAACAGCCACAGGGACACGGCCAUGACGAAGAAGACAUCACUGAAAUUUUCAUUCACUCAGGAAUUCACACCGUUGAAUACGUGUUGGGCUCGGUAUCUCACACCGCUUCCUAUUUGCGUUUGUGGGCAUUGUCAUUGGCUCACGCACAAUUGGCCGAAGUGCUGUGGGACAUGGUUCUGCGUCAAGGUUUGGUAAUAGAUAGCUGGUAUGGUGGUGUGAUUCUCUGGAUCAUUUUCGGAUUCUGGGGUGUACUUACCAUCGGCAUUUUGGUGUUGAUGGAAGGUCUUUCAGCCUUCUUGCACACGCUCCGUUUGCAUUGGGUUGAAUUCCAGAGCAAAUUCUACGGUGGACAAGGUUAUGCGUUCCAACCGUUCGCAUUCGAUAUCAUUCUAGAACAAAGCGCCAACGCAGUUGAAGGCGAAUAAAUAUAUUCUCAAGCAGAAAGUAAAACUUGCUAAAAUCAUGAAUUACAAAAAUUUCAAACGUAAAAUAAAUUGCAUCUCCUCUCAAGCUUGUACAACUGUCUUACUCUACCUAGAAAAAGAAGAAGUUUAAAAAAAAGCCACAACCGAAUAGCUCAUCUAGUAAUGUAACGUUGGCAUUGUUUCUCAAUUGUUUGUCUAUAGCCCAGUAGAGAAGAAAAAUCAAGUUAAAUUCGUCUGUUUCAUUCAAUAAAAGUGUAGGACAAAUGGAAAUGUAUCAUUUUAUAGGUCUAUGUAUUCUUGAAUUUAUUUAAUUAACUACUCAGUACAUAAUUACUUAUAUCAAAUCACAUAAUUAUUGUUAAAUUGGAGAUAUAAAAAAAGAACCAUAUGUAAUUAUCAAGAAAACAAUGAAUAAAUUGAAUUGAAUUCCCAUGAAAAAAAAAAUUCAGCAACAAAAACAACAACAGUUAAAUAAUAAAGAUCGAGCUAAAAAAAACCGAUCCACAAAAAAAAAGAAA